UUGUGUGACCGCACUUGGCGGGUGAGCACGAACAGACAGCAGACAGCAGACAAUAGACACAAAUACCGUCGGAAAGCCGCAAGAUUUCUCGAUUGGCAGCAGGCCUUUAACAGUUACAAUAAUUUACAAGGUGACAAGCGCAGUGCCCCGCCAGCCCAACAGCCCGACGGCCCGACAGCCCGAUAAGGCGGCAAGUGUCUCUCAGAAGUGAAUCGAAUCGAAACCAUGUGGAGGUGUAAUGUUAGUGCUACAGUGGCCUUUGCCCUGAUCUUAGCCUAUGCGUCGUCUGGCCUGGCUCAGGACUUUGGAUAUGGGGGGCAGCACGGCCCCGAGCACUGGAGCGAGGAUUACAACCGCUGCAGUGGCAAACAGCAGAGCCCCAUAAACAUUGAUUUGGUCAACGUUGAGGAUAAGGCGUAUCCCACGCUGGAGUUCUUCAACACCAUGGUGACGCCAAAGGUCAUGCACAUAUCGAACAACGGGCACACGGUGCUGGUGAGGAUGACCUAUGAGGAGGGCAUGGAGCCGCGGGUCCGAGGCGGGCCACUCUCCGAGCUGUCUCCCUUUACCGGAUACCAGUUCGAGCAGUUCCACUUUCACUGGGGCGAGAACGACACGGUGGGCAGUGAGGAUCUGAUAGAUAACCACGCCUACCCCGCGGAGCUGCAUGUGGUGCUGCGGAAUCUGGAGUACCCGAACUUUGAAAGCGCCCUCGGCAAGGAUCACGGGCUUGCCGUGAUGGCAUUCUUCUUUCAGGUCAAAAAAGAGGGUACUGAGAGCUACGAGGAUUUUACAAACCAGCUCGCCAAGAUUGGCAGGAAGGGCAUGUCGGUUAACUUCACAAACCCAAUGCCCCUGCGGGACUACCUCUCAUGGGAUCUCCUGAACUACUAUACCUACGUAGGCUCGCUGACAACUCCGCCGUGCAGCGAGGAUGUCACCUGGAUUGACUUCAUGGAGCCGAUCGAUAUAACGGAGAAGCAGCUCAACGCCUUCCGCCAGCUAACAGCCAACGAUGAGCACUUGAACAACAAUUUCCGACCCAUCCAACCGCUCAACGAUCGCAAGGUGUACAAAAGUGUGCUCGAGCCGAUGCCAUUUCUCAAUCAGAGUGCGAUUCCUUUUGUGAACGUGGAAAAUGCGGCCAACAGGAGGUCCUAUUCCCCGGAAGUCCUUCUUAGCGGCUUUGGCCUUGUGGCGGCGCUUAUAGCCUCAGCCUUCAGUGGCUUUUAAUUGGAGCGCUGCGGCGGGGAACGAGAGUUUUUUUUAUUAAAUCCAUUGCACGCGCCGCGGUUCUAAUUAAGCGCCGUAAUUUACAUGUCCUGCUCGCUGCUCUGUUUGCUGCUCAAACAGAGCAACCACUAAUUUUCUCGAGCCACUGCCGCUGCCAGUUCAAGCCAUCGUGUUACCCAUCGUAUUUAUCAGUCGACGAACAAGCGACAAACCGACGAACGGACCAACGGACAAACUUUUAAACCAAAAUGAACAGAAGCUUCAGCUCGCACGAUAUCCAGUCAUGAUUUAUUCAGCACUCGUCGUAGCAGACGGGACUGUAAAUUGGAUCCGUCCAUAGCGGGCCUUCAAUACAUAAUGCUAUUAUUAAUAUGGUAUUGCACAUGUGAUUUUAAACGCUUUAUAUUUGUGUACCCUAGCUUUUAACUUUGUAAACGUAAAUCCAUAAUUAAAUGUCGUUUUUUUUUUUUAUUAUUAAA